AGCCCCCUGCAUAGCCCAUCCUGGAGAGGGCUGUGACCCAGUCAUGCCACCUCGGGGCUUCACAAUGUAUCCUAUUGCUGAGCACGGUGCAUCCUAAGCAGUGCACUCUUCAUGGUGAAGAGCCAUGGCGAAGCUUUGUCUGAUCUCAUGUCUCUCUUUGACUUUGGCCAUGUCAGCCCUGCCUCAGAAUCCCAUUACAAAGGAUGGUGUCCAAAUGACUCCUAGCAUUUUAGGAGUUUAUUUGUACUCAGUUGGACAAUAUUCUUUUAAUGUCACUGAAGCUAGAAGUGCUUGUGAAUCGUUAGGAGUAACCAUAGCUACGAAGUCUCAGGUUUCAAAAGCUCGGCAGAAUGGCUUGGAAACAUGCAGGUAUGGAUGGGUGGAUGAGCAGAUAGCAGUGAUUCCCCGAAUCAAGAGCCUUGACAAGUGUGGUAAAAAUAGCACUGGGCUUGUAGUGUGGCGUGCAGAGCAUUCAAGCAAAUUUGAUGUCUUCUGCUUCAAUUCAUCUGAUCCAUUGAUAAAUGUGACAAGUGUCACCACCCAAACCUCGGUGACCACUGGACUGACAGCCAGAGAGACAAGAUCCCUGACUGCCCAGCUGCCCUCGAUGACAUCAGUGUCCUUGAAAGGUCCAAGGUCUUCUACUCCACCAGAGACACAGUCACCAUUCCUGACCACAACGUUGUCUUCAACGCUUCGUUCUACAACUGUCUCUUCAGAUCCUCUCUCCCAGGGCCUCGUACAAUCACCAUUCACAGCGUUACCGUUAGCACUGUUUGUCAUCGCGGGGAUACUCCUUCUCACAGCUGCUGCUGGUGCGGUAUGGUAUUGCAGAAGGCAUAAAAAUGUGCAUCCAUUUUCAAACAAGGAACCUCCGAAGGAAAAUAUUGAAACUGAAGUGUGGAAACAAAACAACCGUGACGAACAGCACCAAGAAAACCAGCUAGAAACUGAUCUAGACAAGAGCAGAAAAAAUUCCCAAGACUUACGUUUGGAGGUGGAGCCUGAAGCAAAAGCACAAUAAGAAGAACAACUUUUUCAUGGCAUAACUACAUUAGAAACAGGCAUAACUACAUUAGAAACAGCAACCUGAAAUAUCCUUUUCUACAUUGUACUUAGUUUCUUCAUUUACUGUACAUAUAUGUCUUUAGACAUUUAACAUGUUUAAAGGUAACUGUAUUAAUGUGGAUUUCUAGGGUUAAAAUAGAAUGCAUAUUUUAUGCCAUUUUAACUUCUUUAACUGAAGCAAACAUUUCCAUUUCAGUUCAGGUGUAUGUAACACUACAAAACAGAGUGCAAAGGUUCUUUGAGGACUUUUAUAAUGAUCAAAUAUACAUACGGGCACUGGCUAUUUUUGCUUACUUUGAAUACAUUUGUAAUUAAAAAAUAAAAAAACAUAAACAUCUAG